CGACAUAUUCGCAAGAGAGCAUCCCAAGCCAACCACUGUCAUAGAACCAGGAAGGAGGAAGGUGGGAUAGCCCCAAAAAGACAGAAUAUCCCCCCGAAAAACAGACUUUCCCCCCUAAAAUGACGGGCUCGUCCAGGUGGAAGGUCGCGGCGGUGCUCUUUAUUCCUCUCCUAAGCCUGUUGUUGCCGGUGCGGGCGGAUGAGCAUGAACACACGUACACCGACAAAGAGGAGGUGGUUCUAUGGAUGAACACAGUGGGGCCCUAUCACAACAGACAGGAGACCUAUAAAUACUUCUCUCUGCCCUUCUGUGCGGGGAAUAAGAAGACCAUCAGCCACUACCAUGAGACACUGGGAGAGGCUCUUCAAGGAGUGGAACUUGAGUUCAGCGGCUUAGACAUCAAGUUCAAAGAUGAAGUCAUGCAGACGACAUACUGUGAAAUUGAUCUGGACAAACCUAAAAAGGAUGCCUUUGUCUACGCCAUCAAGAACCACUACUGGUACCAAAUGUACAUUGAUGAUCUACCUAUUUGGGGCAUCGUUGGGGAAGCAGAUGAGAAUGGGGAGGACCAUUACCUCUGGACUUACAAAAAGCUAGAGAUAGGCUUCAAUGGCAACAGAAUUGUGGAUGUUAAUUUGACCAGUGAGGGGAAAGUCAAGCUUGUGCCAAAUACCAGGAUCGCGAUGUCUUACUCUGUAAAAUGGAAAAAAUCUGAUGUGAAAUUUGAAGACCGGUUUGAUAAAUACCUCGAUCCAUCAUUCUUUCAGCACAGAAUUCACUGGUUCUCCAUAUUUAACUCCUUCAUGAUGGUGAUUUUCCUGGUGGGUCUGGUGUCUAUGAUUCUGAUGAGGACGCUGAGGAAAGACUAUGCUAGAUACAGCAAAGAGGAGGAAAUGGAUGAUAUGGAUAGAGAUCUUGGGGAUGAGUACGGGUGGAAACAGGUUCAUGGUGAUGUUUUCCGGCCAUCCAGCCACCCCUUGAUCUUCUCCUCCCUGAUUGGCUCUGGCUGCCAAAUCUUCUCUGUAUCUCUCAUUGUUAUCAUUGUGGCUAUGCUUGAAGAUUUGUACACAGAGAGAGGGUCCAUGCUGAGCACGGCCAUAUUUGUGUAUGCUGCCACUUCCCCUGUCAAUGGUUACUUUGGGGGAAGCCUGUAUGCAAAACAAGGGGGAAGAAGAUGGAUAAAGCAGAUGUUCAUUGGAGCGUUCCUGAUUCCCGCUAUGGUGUGCGGCACAGCCUUCUUCAUUAACUUCAUUGCCAUCUACUACCAUGCCUCCAGAGCCAUUCCAUUUGGCACUAUGGUUGCAGUGUGCUGCAUCUGCUUUUUUGUUAUCCUGCCUCUUAACCUGGUUGGGACUAUCCUGGGUCGGAAUCUCUCGGGUCAGCCCAACUUCCCCUGCAGGGUCAAUGCUGUGCCCAGACCCAUCCCAGAGAAGAAAUGGUUCAUGGAACCAGCUGUCAUUGUGUGUCUGGGUGGCAUUUUGCCAUUUGGGUCAAUAUUCAUCGAGAUGUACUUCAUUUUCACAUCAUUCUGGGCCUACAAGAUUUACUAUGUUUAUGGCUUCAUGAUGCUUGUGCUGGUGAUCUUGUGUAUUGUAACUGUGUGCGUGACCAUCGUCUGCACCUACUUCCUCCUUAAUGCUGAAGACUACAGAUGGCAGUGGACAAGCUUUCUAUCAGCAGCUUCCACAGCAGUUUAUGUUUACAUGUAUUCCUUUUACUACUAUUUCUUCAAAACAAAGAUGUAUGGCUUGUUUCAGACAUCAUUCUAUUUUGGGUACAUGGCUGUGUUCAGCACUGCUCUGGGUAUAAUGUGCGGAGCGGUUGGGUACAUGGGUACAAGUGCCUUCGUGAGGAAGAUCUACACAAACGUGAAGAUUGAUUAGCACCUCUGCAGCACCGCUGUGAUCAGCCGAUGUUUUCCCAGCAGGGGCGGGCACAAGUCGUUGUUUCUUUUGCAAGAAGAGAUUGUGAUCUUAUCUUGUACAAAUCUAGUUUUCCAUUUUCUCAGUGAAUUCAAGGUUGGAAAAUCGUGUACACAAAGGCAAAAUGGAAGAUGAAUAAACAUGAAUUUUAUUUUUAUUAUUUUUUAUUAUUAUUAUUAUUAUUAUUAUUAUUAACUGCGUUUUCUUUUCCUCUGGAGCAAAUGUGUAGAAUUUAUGCAGUUGAAAAAAAUGGGAAAAAUGUAAAUCACAACCUUGGUCCUCUGAUAAUUCUGUCCCAAUACCCACCGCCAGUGAACAUAGACCUUUACUGAUGGAAUAGUCUAGCUCUCUUCAGUGAAGAGGCCAAAGCGUACUGAGAGCCUUUAUUCUAUUAUAUGAGAAUAUUGGAGAGUUGGGUUUGUGUCCAUGCUCCAACCUGUCUGUUUUUGUAUUACCGAGUUGUGUGAUGCCGUUGUUGUAUUGUUUGUUUCGAGUCACCAAGAGCAUAACAUACUUUGCUUCUUCAAAAUGUCCAUGUUGGAUUUGUUUUUCCAUCUUUUAAUAAAACUUGGUGUAGGCUAUCAACUUCUGGAUAGCCAGGCUUACUCACAUAUAACAGUUUCCCCCCAGUUUACACUAUUAAAUUCUCUGACUGAAAAUGAACACAUUGGGUCAAAAAUAAUAAAGAAAAUAUUCUUUCAUCGUUCCCUGACUGGUAAUCAUCUGGUAGAAGUGUAGCUUGAGUGGCAGAUUGUUCCAUCCGUUGUUUUUGAGGUGAUCUUGUGUUUUCUGGUUUAGUCUUACUUUUAAUGUUGGGGUUUGAAUGAAGUCUGCUUGUGAAGGUAAUAUAUGGAUGGGGUAAACAUGUAUAUAACCUUAAUAAUGUAACUGUAGAUGUAGAUCCCAAAUGUAUUUCGGUUGUACAGAUUUAAUACAGGGUGUUUUUUUUUUUAAUACAUUCAGUUUAAAGAUCGUUUUAUUUCUGAGCUUGGGGUGGGCAGCACUGUUACAUCUUGCUUGUAUUUGCAUGAAGUUUUCACCUGACUGUACGAAGUUAUGUUUUUUAAUUUGCUUUUUUUUGUUGAUUUUCUUUCUUCUGGACACUCAUGUUGGCCUGCCCGUAAUCAUAUGCAUUUUGUAAAACAGUCGAAAAUCACAAUGUCAACUGCUUCAUUGACUGUGCUGCUCGUAGAGGAGAUAGUAUCAGCAAACCUUUUUUUUAGUUUGUUUUGUAACAAUUAUGAUUUAAAGCUUUAAAUGGUUCUCCAUAAGCUGGAAAGCCACCUCUCUCCUCCUAACUUUAAAAAACAUUACCAGAACCAACGUUGUGAAUGUUGGACACGUGCCGCGUUUUUGCAAGCAUACUGAGACUGAGAAUGACAUUAAUUGUACACUUGACUAGAUUUUUUUUCUUUAUUGUUUCUAUCAAGACGUGCUGCAGCAGCACUCCAGCAAAACCUUGUCUUUUCUUUGUUUUUCGGGUUCGGCUGUGUAAAUACAGUAUGUAACUAAAGAUGUCUGAGAUGUGGCAAAGCCUUUUUUCUAACCCAGGAACCCUUUCAAAUUCCAGCUGAUUUCUGGUUCCUCAUGUCAUGAACCUUGUGAUGUCUGAAUGGACAUUUUAAAAUAUGCUAUUAAAAAAAUUGUGCUGUAAAAAGAAAAUAAAUAAACAAUGUUUAUGUACAGAGGUUA